CUUUAACCCUGUUUCCCAUGAUGCACCGCUGCACGGUUCACAUGUGGGUGAGUUGUCAGAAAGAAAACUAGCAAAGAUGCAGAACGGCAAUGUGAACGGAGAAGAGGAUGAAGAGUAUCAGCUCUUCCUCUCUCAACACAGUCCCGCUUUAAAGGCGGCGAGAAUCCCUCCGCUUUAUUGGAAGAGUCUGCAUUUAAAACUGGCCAGUGAGGUAUUUGAUGCUGGCGAGGUGUUUGGGAUCAUGCAGGUGGAAGAAGAGGAUGAGGAUGAAGAGAAUGAACGGAGAGUCAAUCCUGGAGAUGAGGUGGCUUGUAAAGUGAUUGUGACCAGAGAGAGUGGCCUGCAGGCUGCUGAUCCUACCAG